AUGGGAGAGGGAGGAGAAUCAGAGAAGCAUGACACUCUGGAAAAAGAACACGAAGAGAAAGAGAAGCACGAGAAUGAGAACGAGAAUGGAGGAGAAGAGAAAUCAAAAGACAAAGAUAAGAAGAAGAAAGAUAAGGAUGGUAAAGAGAAGAAGAAGAAGGACCCUGAAGAUAAGAAGGAUCCGGCGAAACUGAAGCAGAAGCUGGAGAAGAUAGAAGCCAAGAUGCAAGCUCUGGUAAUCAAGAAAGAGGAGGUUCUCAAGCUGCUUAGUGAAGCCGAGAAGAACGCCGAGUCGGCGCCGGAUGCAGGAGCAUCUGCUACUUCUUGA